AUGACAACCAAAAUCACUUUCCAAGUUAAAUUUGAGCAUGACAUUGAUGAUAUCAGUGAGUCUUUUUUGGCUAAUAUAUUGAACUUUGCUGUUAUUUCUUUAUAUGGGCAAGUUGGAGGAAGCCAGAUCCAAUACAGACUGCUUGAUAUUGAUGCUGAAAAUCAUCAAGUGGCUAUAGAAACUCCAAAUGAAGAUGCCUCAAAAUUAUGAUGCGCACUUACAUUAUUAGGGUAUUAUGGUUCCACACGAAUAAGAGUUAAAGUUACAUCUGAGGCGCUUUUGCAAGAAAUUGAAGAGAUUAUGGUUUAA